UCCUCCUGCUGCUGCUUCAUGGAUAGUUCUACAUUAGAACUGGAGGUAGUUAGGGGAACACUCAGCGUUGCUGCCUGAACUGCUUUGCUGCAUGCAGGGAGCAGAUUAUAAAAGUACAGCGGAGCAUGAGUGAUCCCACAGCAUAGAGCAGAUAAUGGUUCCCAUCUGCUUUGAGGACUUGUGGAGAGUUUAGAUGCUCCUGUUCGCACAGAAAGACAGCAUCAACCUUUAAAAGAAAAAAAAAGAGAAAGAAAGCAGGAAGCACUGAAACUUGUGGUCGCUUGUUCCUGAAGCAGCCUCCAGCUUUCUAGAUUUGUCAUAUUUUACUUCCAAGCAUGGGUUGCUCAUCAUCCAGUGCACAGACAGUGGAGCAGGAGAAGAGACCAGGCACAAAGCCUGAGGAGAGCAACGGGGACACAGUGGCAGUCAGAAACGGCAUCAUCGCAGAAGAAGAUGUACGGACCAUUGAGGACCAGAUGCAGCUGCCUGUGGAGACCGCCUCACCAGACGAUGCCAAAGCGGGGCCUGAAGAUGAGACGGAGGCCGUGCUGGAGGCCGUAGAGGCCCAGGAGGAUCUCGUGUCUGGGGAAGAUCUCCUAGUAGUUCCUGAACCACUCGCAGCUGGUGGGGAGCUGGCACCACAUCCUACAGUAGAUGAGGAAGCUGCUGCCACAGUAACUGAAGUAUUGUUGCCCAUGGAGGAAACACUUCCUGUAGAAACUGUACCGGCAGAAGCCUCUUCUGAAGUCAAAGCAGUUGAGGCCCUGGACGAGACCCCUGAAGCUCAACCUGUUGAAGCUGUGCAGACAGAGAUCCCUGUUCUUGUUAAGGAAGAAGUUCCAGUGUCGGUUGUAGAGGAGCCAGCAGCGACCGCCGGAGUUGUGGAAGAGGGAGUAGCUGAACAAGCCUCCAAAGCAGCAACUGAAGAUGCUAACCAUGUCCAGGAGGAAGCCCCACUCGGCAAUACCUCGCCAGAAACUGACUCAGAGACUCCAGCAGCAGCCGAAGAUUCAACAGCAACCACAGAUUCAGUAGCCAACGAAGAUGGAGCCCCAACCGAAUCCUCAGGGCCUGCAGAUGCUGUAAUAGACACAACUAUCGCUGCAGCGAGUAUUCCAGAGAUGCCUCCGGUAACUGCUGCUGCAGCUCCCGCUCAAGCUGAGCCUCACUCUGCCGCCGAUGAGGAGACGGAGGUUUCCACAGUCUCCUCUGGUGUUACUGCCUCACCAGAGGAGGCAUAUGGUCCUGUAGGGGUUUCGGUCCCAGAGCCGGCCAAGGGUUCUGAAGUUCCACCGGUCACGGUGAAUCCAGAGUCCAGUACAGAGAAUGGAGUCACAGCAGAAGUUUCUGAGGGGAAUCCUGGCGCGACGCAAACUGAAGCCCCCGCAGAUCCAGAACCUGCAACUGAGCCGAUUCCUGAAUCGUCACCAGAGGUGUCAUCUGUACAUGAGGCCUCCAAGGAUAAAGAAGAUGAAAUAGCCAAAAAGCUGGAUUAAGAUGAUAGAGAUUCACCGAGUAACGAAGCCACAAAGAGACACAUGAAGACCAGAGGAGGAAAAAACAGUGAAGAAAAACCAAAAAAAGUCUAACUUCUAUUUUUGUCUCAUCAACACCUAACUGCACAAUACAUUUAUGACUAUUGAAUCUGCCUUAAUAAGUUUUCAUUCAGGAUAAAUAAGGAUUUCCUCCAUGUUUGUAUUUAAACAUUUGCCGCAGGGAAGAGGAUGAGUUUUUCUACUGGGACCACAAAGUGCCUGGAGCCACACAUUUUCUCAGACACUAAAAUAUGCAACAAAAACACUUAGGUGGCGAGGUGUGUCAGGGUGCAAUACACAGGAUUUCUUGGUAAUGAGGAAGGCAACUGUGGGCUGGAAGUAUUUAAAAAGCACGAAGGAUGCUGGCAGCACAUCCUUUGUUACAGCUUUCUGAGGGAAACAAGCCAAAUUUCACUGUGAAUAAAAAACAAAUGCACAAAGCUCAAAGAGGCGGAGGAACAGAACUGUCUCACCAAGCAGGGUCUGCAACUAGGUAUGGGUUGGUGCUUUGACAGCAGCUGCAUUUUCAUUAGAAAUGUGCGCAAAUGUUUGUAGAUAUGUAAAAAAAAAAAAAAAAUCAACAACACUAUUUUGCAAUCGCAGUGGUUCCAUUAAAUAAGAAACACAAUUAAAAUCAAAUGUCAAUAAGGUUGUUUACGCAGUAAUGUUAAUAAAAAAUCAUGCCGCGCCACCAUCAUCCGACCACUUCCUGUCGUCUUUUUUGUCUUUUCUGCCAGUAGCAACAUCUGGUUGUUGCUCAUUCGUGUGAUGCAACAAAAAGUACUUCCUUUGCAGUUUUGCAAAAUACACUACUUUUGAUAAAGCGCCUCAUUCUAGAGGAAAAACUUAUCGAGUUUUUUUUUCAAAAUUGGUUUUCCCAUUAAGCAAAUUAAUUUAUUGCCCAAUUUUAAGGUUAAUGGAAAAGUAACUGGUGUCAUGCUACUAGCACAAGAUGCUAAGCAAAAAUGUAUGUGAUCUAAUUGCUUGGAUUUUUAACAGAAAUACUAAAAGGUUAUUCCUGCGGCUACAUUAACAAUUUUCACAUUAUGUGCUAUCUUUUGCUCUUUGUAGAUUAACGCAAUCUGAUGUUAUCUGGUUAAUUUUUCUGGUUUGGCUGAUUAACACACCUACCGCUCAAUCCUAUCAAAACAUCUUGAUAGGAUUGAUGGAUGGAGUUCCUUUAAGUCUUUUAGGAUCAGAACUUCUAAGCAUUCUAAUUUGUGUCUCUUACAAGAAAAGGCAAGAGUGUCUGGAAAUUCUUGGAGCCAGCUGACCUGCAGUGAGCAGGAAAAAAGACAAGAGAGGGGCAAUGCUAUGCUAGAGAAGAUCUUGGUCGGUAUAAUGUUGGUUCCACUAACCGGCCCAUGCUUUGCCUCAACACUAACAAAACAAAUCCUUGGAGAUUCUGUUUUUCCACGCCAAACUUUGAGAUUUUGGCGUAAAUAAAUCAUGAAGCAUGUUUACACGUAGCAAGUUGUAUUAAUAGUAACGGCAUGUUUUAAAUAACACUGUGCACAGCUCAGAUGGAAACAUUGUAGCAGAGAACUUUCUUCAUCUGCAGGUUGAGGAUGAAGAUGACUGACUGCUGACAUGUUUUAUUCUCAAGCCGCCUUGUUCAGCUCCAGUGUGGCUGUUAGCUGUUGCUGUUUGGUUGUUUAAUUUUUUUCCUUGGAAACGGCUGCUUCUGUUUUUUUUUUUUUUUUUUUUGUCUAGGAUUCUGUUAACCGGUUAGUGUACAGAAUAAAGUUUCUCUUACUAAA